AUGUCUCCGCCCGGCUCUGAUCCCGGCGAGGCGGCGGCCAACGUUAGGGAGGAAGCGGAGAGGGACCCGCUGGCCGCCGACCUGCGCUGCAGCCUCUUCGCCGCCGCGCUGAUGAGCUACAAGAGGGAUUCGGUGCUCAGGCCCUUCCCGGCUCGCUACGCCAGCGGUGACACCAAGGACUUUGCGGGGCUGCUUGCAGAUACUAACGCUCUACCAAGCUUGAACGAACUUCUGGAGUCUGUGCCAACCACAGAGAAAAGGACCUGGGAUUUGUUUAGUUGGAUUUUAUCAUCAAAGGUCUUUGUGAUACAAAGUGCUAAGAAACAAGAGUACAAGAAGAUCCAGGAACUCACAGGGCUGUCUGGGGCUGCAGUUCCUGCUCCAGACUAUCUCUUUGAGAUCGUAUAUUGCGAUCAGAUGAACACCAAGUUUGCUGAGACCAAGGGGAAGAGGGACCUCAUCUAUGCCUUCCAUGGGAGCCGCCUGGAGAACUUCCAUUCCAUACUUCACAACGGUCUACACUGCCAUUUGAACAGGACAUCCCUGUUUGGUGAAGGCACCUAUCUUACCAGUGACCUGAGCCUGGCUCUCCUUUAUAGUCCUCAUGGCCUUGGCUGGCAGCGAAGUGCAUUGGGCUCUAUCCUGAGCUGUGUAGCUGUUUGUGAGAUCAUUGACCACCCAGAUGUAAAGUGCCAGGUGAAAAAGAAAGAUUCAGAAGAAAUAGACAGAAAAAGAGCAAGAGUAAGAAACAGCGAAGGGGGUGAUGUACCACAGAAGUACUUUGUUGUCACAAACAAUCAGCUUUUAAGAGUUAAAUACUUGCUGGUGUAUUCCCAGAAACAGCAUAGGAGGCCUUCUGGUCAGUCUUCCUGGUUUUCCACCCACCGUUUUGCCAUCAUGAUGAUGCUGUACCUGCUGCUGCUGCUAGUGAUAGGGGCCAGCAACUCGCCCACCGUCGUCUACUACUGGCACAGAAUGUUUGACUCAGAGAGAUGA